AUGGCUCAUAGGGAUAGGAUAAGUCAACUUCCUGAGGAGUUACUCUUGAGAAUACUGUCAUCACUACCUGCGAAAGAUGUGGUAAUCACAAUGGUUUUGUCUAAACGAUGGAAGUUUCUAUGGACGUUAGUGCCAACACUUGCAUACGAUCACGCUACGUACCAAAACGCUGAAGGCACUAGAUUUUCGCCGUUUGUUUACAGUUCUUUGCUCCUACACGAGGCUCCAGUUCUAGAAACUUUACGUUUAAAACUUGAUCGGGAGUCUGCUACUGCUGUAGACAUUGGAGUAUGGGUUAAAACCGCUGUUAAACGCUCCGUGCGCGAGUUAGAUAUCGACAUUAAUAGCCCUUCGAUUUUGACACCGGUCACACUUCCAUGGAGCUUGUUUGCCGGAGGAUGUAAAACGCUUGCGACGUUGAAACUAAGUAACAUGACUCUUGUGAACGCUUCUUCGUCCUUGCCAGCUUCUUUCCCGUCUCUUAAAAACUUGAGCUUCGUGAAGAUGAAGUACCCGAGUGAGGAAUUUAUCAAUAAGCUUUUAGCUAGUUGUCCUGUUCUUGACGACUUGGCUGUGGAACAGUGUAGUGGUGACGAAGCUUAUGGUUUUGUGAUAGAUACUCCUUCUCUGGUGAGCUUUGACAUUGUUGAUCAUUGCGGUGAGCUUUGUGUCGUCGAAAGUAAUAUGCCUGAGAUUGUGUAUGUGAAUCUCGACAUUAAUUAUCGUCGUCCCUGGAAGAUGUUGAGUUCUCUUUCUUCAGUCAAGCAGCUCGAGUUAUGUUUAACAUCCUCAAAGGAAUAUCCUGUUGGAAUUGUUUUCCACAAUCUUGUACAUUUAAUGAUAUGCACAUGUGAGACAGAGUGGUUGAAUCUACUUUUGUGUGUGCUCAAAGAUUCACCUAAGUUACAAGGCCUCAGGAUUGAACAGUACCAUAACAUUCGAACGGGUGAACAGCGCCCCUGCUGGAAGGAACCAAGCUCAGUUCCUGGAUGUGUGUUAACGAGUCUUGAAACUCUGGAAUGGGUAAAAUACGAAGGAACAGAAGAUGAGAAAGUGGCAGCAGCAUUUAUUUUUAGAAACGCAAGAUUUUUAAAGAAGGCAACUAUUUCCUCUUCAUCUACGGAUCCGGUCAAGAAACUUGAGAUGCUCAAAGGGUUGUCAUUUCUAUCAAGGUGUUCAAGUUCCUGUCAUCUGACAUUCGACUGAAGUCACUAGAUAUUUAAGACAUAUUCAAUAGUCUAAAUAAAAAUCUUUUUGGUUGGGUUCGUUUGCUUUGUGUUCCCAAUGGUCUAACUGUUUCUGUUUUUUGAGAAACACAAAUUAAGUAAAUAUGAAGAUCAAAUCCUUAAAAGUCUUUUUUUUUUUUGCUCAACGUCUCAUUCAUCCAAAUCAUAAUACAAAGGUUUUUGACUUCUACAGACGUAACCCAAUACAAUGAUGAAGUCUACUAUCGCCUUGAAUCACUUAGCUGGACCCAACACUAGUAACUGAGACAUCACUGUAUUGUUACAACCACCGGGAUAUAUAAUCCUUAAAAGAGUCUUUAAUUAGGGGAAAUUGACAUAUUUAAAGUGUCUUUGGUUUUCCAAUUUUUAAUGUAAAUUUGAAUCAGAUUAAAUAUUAAUUGAGCAUAUAUAUUUAAAGAGUCUUUGAUUUUACUUUUUACUG